UACAAGCCAAUUUCUGCAGAAAGAGCUCAAAGCUACGAAAUUGGAACAUAAGGUUUAUAGAUCGAUCCAAACCCUCAGUCCGCUUAUUCUUCUUCACUUCCAAAAUGUUCAAAAAGUUUUCAUAUGAAGAUGUAUCCUCACAGAACCAAGUGAAAGCGUCUGUGCAGCGAAAAAUUCGACAGAGUAUUGCAGAUGAGUACCCAGGAUUGGAACCUGUUUUGGAUGAUUUGCUUCCAAAGAAGUCCCCUUUGAUUGUUGCUAAAUGUCAGAAUCAUCUGAAUCUGGUGAUGGUAAACAGUGUCCCCCUGUUUUUCAAUGUUCGUGAUGGGCCUUACAUGCCUACCCUACGACUUCUUCAUCAAUAUCCAAACAUAAUGAAAAAGUUACAAGUAGACAGGGGUGCAAUAAGAUUUGUCCUUGCUGGUGCAAACAUAAUGUGUCCUGGACUUACAUCGCCAGGUGGUGCUUUGGAUGAAGAAGUGGAGGCAGAAACUCCUGUGGCCAUAAUGGCUGAAGGAAAAGAACAUGCGCUUGCAAUUGGCUUCACAAAAAUGUCAGCAAAAGACAUAAAAGCAAUUAACAAAGGGAUUGGGGUGGACAACAUGCAUUAUCUCAAUGAUGGUCUUUGGAAGAUGGAGCGUCUAGAUUGAGGAUUCGCAAGAGCAACUGUGGUAACAUCUACUUUCAAGAACAGAGUGAGUUUAUUGGCAUCAUGCUUGCAAUGCAGCUGUGUCUUUUAGAUGUUGGAAAAAGGAUUGUAAAUUUUUGCCCGGUUGUUUAUCUUUUUUGUUUCCAUGUAAACAUUACAGAUAUUGUUUUUACCUCAAAGAUGUUCCAUUAAUCAGGUUAUUAUUUAUGCC